AUGGACUCCCAAUUAGCUCCAUCAAAUCCGCCUCUAAUAGAUUUUAGCAGUGAAAACUUGAAACCUGGGACCAGUAUUUGGAUCUCCACAAGCAAGCAAGUGAAGUGUUCACUUGAGAAUCAUGGGAUUUUUCUUGUAACUCAUGACAAAAUUUCUUCAGAAGUCAAGAAUUGUUUUUACCAAGCAGUAAAGGAGUUCUAUGGUCUCCCCACGGAGAAAAAAUGUCAGUUCACUUCAGAUAAACCUUAUUCGGGUUAUUUGGGGAAAGCUGCUGAUGAAUUUCCCUCGUUUGAAACUACUUGUAUUGAAGAUCCAGCUAGUGAGGAAGCCUUUGAUGGCUUCAUUAAUCUCUUUUGCUCCUCCGGAAGGAAGGAUUAUGUCAGUGAAAUCAUGCAAUCCUACUCAAAGCAAGUGGCAGAACUGCAUGAGGUGAUAAUCAGAAUGGUAUUUGAAAGCUAUGGGGUUGAGAAAUACUAUGAAUCUUUCAGAGAAUCAAUAGCUUAUGUGUGUCGAGUCAACAAGUACAGAGCAGCAACCAAGUUCACUGAGAAAUAUGUAGGUUUGGUUGCCCAUACAGACUUGAGUUUCAUGACCAUACUUCAUCAAAAUCAAGUCAAUGGUUUGGAGGUCAGGUCCAAUGAUGGAAGUUGGAUUCCAGUUGAUUUUCCUCCCUCGUCCUUCGCUGUUGUUGCUGGUGAUGCAUUGAUGGCAUGGAGCAAUGGCAGGAUACAUUCCAUUCAUCAUCGAGUCAUGAUGGCAUCAGAAGAGCCAAGAUACUCGAUUUUGUUGUUCGCCUACAAGAAAGGGAUGGUGGAACCACCAGAAGAGCUAGUCGAUGAGCAACACCCUUUACUGUUUAAGCCAUUUGACAAUCUUGAUUUGGUUUCUUUGGCCUACACAGAAAGGGUGAUCGUAACUGAAGAUAAGCUCAAAGUCCUUUUGGCACUUAAGGACACCAUUUGUCCCUCUUGA